UCACGUUUUCAGAACAAACCGGAAGUGGCGGACUCAUCGUCUGCUCAUCAAAACAACAACACAACAGUGUGUCAGUCCGUUAUCACCGGAGAGUUUUAAAAAAUAUGUCAGCGACAUCAGAGCAAAUCUAACGGCCAGAAGAGUCCGCAUGGAGCCGUAGAGAGCGCCGAGCCGAUCCACUCGUUCCCUCUUCAACACCUUUACAUUUAACGUUAGCUUAACGGGUUAGCCGAGCUCUUCUCCAUGGCGUCCUCGGCGGGACUCCCACCGCUCGGCCCGGACCGAGCUGCUUCAUCCGCCGGCUCUCAUUCCGGGGGCAGGCCUCCUCUCCGACCUCACCACCCCCAUCCGGCUCAUUCGACCCCGGGCUGUGUGAUGGUGGAGUCGGUGGACGACGCGGAGGGUCUGUACGUGGCGGUGGAGCGGUGCCCCCUGUGCAGCACCUCCCGCCGCAGGCUCACCUGUGCCCGGUGCGUCCAGGCCGGGGACUUCGUGUACUUCGACGGGAGGAACACGGAGAGAUACAUAGAAAAGUUGGAGCGGCUCAAGAAGCUGAAGGAGGAAAAGGAGCAGCUGCAGCAGAGAGUCCUCCAGGGCAUGGACAGGAAGCUGCAGGCGGAUGAGAUGAAAUGGAAGCUCAUGUCGUGUAAGAUGAAGAUCGAGCAGCUGAAGGAGGCGGUUGCCUGGGGCAACGAGGAGGUGAAGAGCGACAGAGACCUCCACCUGCGCUCUCAGGAGGAGGGGCAGCGGCUGCAGCGACGGGCCGGACGUCACCAGGAGAAACGGGACAAGAUCGAGCGUCACAACCGUCGCCUGGGGGAGCUGCUGGAGAGACGCAGCCGCGAGCUGCAGAGCAGACUGAGUCAGCUGGCUGCUCUGAGGCGGGAACACAUCCUGGAGCUCACCACACACAUCUUCCCCACACAGGAGGAGAAACAGGGCAGCAGAGACCCCGCGGACGUGGUGGCGGAGUGCGACCCGGCGUUGACCUCCAGCACGGUGAGCGAGCUGGCCGAGGCUCGGAGGACAACCUACCUGUCGGGACGCUGGAUCUGGGAUGACCAGAACGGAGAGACCAGCAUCAGCAUCACAGGACCCCCCGUCACUCUGCCCAGCAACGGAGACUGCUCCGCCUACUACAGCUGGGUGGAGGAGAAGAGCACCAAUCAGGGCCCAGAGCUGGACCACAUUAACCCAGCUCACACCAUCAGUGCCGCCCUCUGCUACGCCACGCAGCUCGUCACCAUCCUGUCCCACAUCCUGGAUGUCAACCUGCCCAAGAAGCUGUGCAACAGUGAGUUCUGUGGAGAGAACCUGAGCAGAUACCGCUUCACCAGAGCUCUGAGCAAACUCAACACCAACAUCCUGCACCUCUGCUUCUCCCAGCAUGUGGACAGUGAGAAGCUCCACCCUCAUCACACUCUGAGGAACAUCAUGUUUCUGGUUUCCCCUGACAACGACAACCUGGGCAGGACGGGUCCGUUCGAGGUGAGCGCUGACCUGGAGGAGUCGAUGGAGUUUGUGGAGCCCGAGGCCGCGGGGCCGGCGGAGGAGAGCGGAGACGAGGCCGUGACAGACGAGGAGACGGACCUGGGGACAGACUGGGAGACGGUGCCCAGUCCACGGUUCUGUGACAUCCCAUCGCAGUCCAUGGAUCUUUCCCAGAGUGCAUUGCAGGUCUCCCAGCCCUCUGCUAACACUGGCGGGAUGAUUUCGUCUGCCGCUGCUUCUGUCACUUCCUGGUUCAGAGCUUACACUGGCCAGCGCUGAUCAGCCAGGACUGGACUGGUACAGAUCUGGACUCCUGGAGGUCCCGAUUAGGAGCGGAGUGGACUGGGGUCAAGGGUCAGGCUGGCAGAUCAAAGGUCAGCUAGUAGAUGAGACUCUACUGACACUAGAAAGAUCAGGAUUCUGAAACUUCCUGACAUCAAUCUCCAUGAAGCUUCACGUGUGUCUGACCACGUCGACCUGAACACACGUGAUCCGACACCCACAUCCAUGGUUUUGUGUGCAGCUCAUACACCAGCAUCUUUGGGAGCAAAGUGAGACACAAACUGAAAAACAAACCAGACCAGGUUCAUAAAAUCCUCAAAGAUUCAUUAAAGUGGACCAGCAGGUGAACCGGAUCCAGACACCUGACACAGCGUGAUCUGUGUGUGUUCAUCAAGUUUUAUUAGACACACACUCUAGACAGUCACUCAGCGUCACUGACAAACUUUAUUCUGUACGAAAUGACUUGAAGUUCCUGGAUUUAGCUUCAGUAUAUAAACAUGUGAUAACUUAGACGUCCUGGUCCUUGAAGGUUGAUUAUGUGCUGAUGUGAAAUCGACUCAAGCGGAUCGAUCCUGUAGAGAGAAGACGUCUCACUCUGAUGGAUUUGUUGGAGCUACAGAAACAUGCCACAUGCUAAAGCUUUAGUCAUUGACUUGUUCCCACCUUCAGAUAGAAAUGUUGGAAACAGAGUGGAGCCUCUUCCCUCACAGAGGAUCUUUGGUUCAGUCGAGUUAAUGUUGAUUAGCUAACAGCUCGUCCUGAACAGUUAUCAUAUGUCAGAGCUGCAACUCAUCAAUCAGCUGAUUUGUCUGAUUAAUCAAUUAUUGAUUUUCUCAGUGAAUCAUCAGAACGUCUUCAGAGACAAUCGAUUGAUUAUCAAAACAGUUGAUUGAUUAUUUCUGUCUAAUCGUUGCAGCUCUAGUUUAUAUGCUGAUCAUUCAUCAAUACAGGACUUCAGUUAAAGUGUUUCCAUGACGUCUGCUCACCUGUCGACACGCUCACCUGUCGACACGCUCACCUGUCGACACGCUUACCUGUCGACACGCUCACCUGUCGACUUGCUCACCUGUCGACCCGGUCACCUGUCGACCCGGUCACCUGUCGACAUGCUCACCUGUCGACACGCUCACCUGUCGACACGCUCACCUGUCGACACGCUUACCUGUCGACACGCUCACCUGUCGACUUGCUCACCUGUCGACCCGGUCACCUGUCGACCCGGUCACCUGUCGACAUGCUCACCUGUCGACACGCUCACCUGUCGACACGCUCACCUGUCGACACGCUCACCUGUCGACUUGCUCACCUGUCGACCUGCUCACCUGCCUACCCGGUCACCUGUCGACACGCUCACCUGUCUGUCGAAAAGUUCCUGUUUUUAUUUUCUCUUUUUCUUUUUGUUUGUUUUUACUCGUCUGUUUCAAACAGGAAACAGGAAAUGGACUGACUCCUGAACGCUGCUGUGACGAUGAUGAUGCUGACGACAGUGGCAGCAGUGCAAACAAACAUUGGUUACCAUGGCGAUGACAAAGCUUGUUUACAAACCCCCCAGUGGAACUGAACAGGGUGGAGAGAAUGGGGCCGUUCACACUGGACUGAGACUGAAGCUGAACUUAAAGUCAGACCGGGUCCAGCUGGUCUUCAGCUGGACCCGGUCUGGACUGGACUCAGGAGCAGGUCUAUCACACUGAGACCUGGACCUGAUCAGGUCUGACGUGUCUUUGAAGCAAUAUGACGUUUCUCUGUUGAUUUCAAAUAAAAUCCACUUCCUGGU